AUAAUAAUUGUUACACAGUGCAAUUAUUUCAGCGCUGUUAAUUAAAUGAAACAUUAUUAUUAUUUAUUUCUUAGCUGAUGCCCUUAUCCAGGGCGAUUUACAAUUGUUACAAGAUAUCACAUUAUUUUUACAUACAAUUACCCAUUUAUACAGUUGGGUUUUUACUGGAGCAAUUAAAGUACCUAGCUCAAGGGUACAGCAGCAGUGUCCCCCACCUGGGAUUGAACCCACGACCCUCCAGUCAAGAGUCCAGAGCCCUAACCACUACUCCACACUGCAACAUAAAAUUCCAUUUAAAAAAAACCCCCAAAAAACGUAAAUAGAUUUGUUUAUUAUAUGUUAGACUAUUGUAUUUACUAAGACAGUUAUUAAGUAUACACAUUGAAAACCAUUGCUGUUUACAAGUGUGUUUCUGAACGUGGCCCCUCCCGUGAGCUGUAACUAAUUUGACUGUUUCUCUCGGUGUGCUGUUGCGCAGGCCUUACAUGUUGGAAGCCACAUACUAUUGGAUUGUGAUUUUCAUAAUUGCAUUUAGUAUGUUGUACUAAUAAUUAUUGAAUGCUAGACAUUCUUAAAAUGUAAAACACUUCUUCUUCUUUUUAAUAACUAUAAUCUGUGACAAACUGGCUGUGUAAUAAAAUACCUUGACUUUGAUUCUUGUCUCCUCUCCAUUGUGUUGACCAAACCAACCACCAUCCUCUAAGUCAAUUAACCUGGUAUUAAGAAUUCUGGGGUAAAGCUAAAAUCUAUAAAUACUAUUCUGGGCAUGGCCCCCUCCCAGUGCAAUAGUCGGUUACUGGUUUGUCAUGUUAAAGGCAUCAGAUUGGGUUUGAGGGUUAAUUUGGUAACAUUAAUCUUUCCUGGGGUAUUUAUUAUAUCCUGUGUAACUUACCUAAUUAGUUUAUUGUUUAGUCUUGUCAAAAAUAAAUACACCCAGUCUAACUGGUUUCACAGGCUAUUAGAGCAAUGUGGAACAAAUACCUAACUGGUCCUGCAUAAUGUGACCCUGCCUACCUCCCUCUUACUUAAAUGGUGCCGCAUAAUAUCCGGAGAGAGUUUUGGUGACCUGCUGUGUUCCUAUUGCUGCUUCUCCUCCUGUUGCUUUGUUUCUCAAUUCAGAUACAUUAGUGUACGAUCAGGACCCGAUUAACCCCUCUUCAGAGGACCGGACAUGGCUGCAACAGAUAUCACCCUCAACAGGAAACCUCCUCUCUCGUCUUCUAAUAAGAAGAUGAUUUUAUUUCUGCUUCUCGUGGGUUGUUUCCUCUAUAUAUCCUGGCUGCAGCUUGGUAAGUGGUUUGACAGACCACACCUGUUACCUCCCAGCCCAGGAUUACAUGAUACAGCCACACUUACUGAAGCAAAAGUCAAUGAAAUAUUGCAAGCGCUGAAAAGACACGUACCUGCAGUAAAUCAGACUCAAUUGGAACUCACCAGCAGUGGCGCACACAGCCUGGUCACCUUAAUGAACCCAAAGGAGAAUUACUGUGUGGGAGAGAUGGUCAGUGUCCGAGUGGAGAUGAACGACUUCCGGGGCAAACCCAAGACAUACGGAGGAGACUUCAUUCUGGCUCGGAUCCAUUCUCCAGAGCUGAAAGCAGGAGCGGCCGGCGUGCCUGAGGAUUUCAACAACGGGACCUACCGCGUCAACUUCACCUUGUUUUGGCCGGGCAGCGUGAAAGUUUCGGUGCUUCUGAUGCAUUCAAGUGAGGUGGUUUCCGCGUUAUGGCGAACCAGAGAGUUUGGAACUGAUAAAUUUAUUUUCACAGGCACCUUUCGUAACAGCACGCUACAGGAGACAUCUAGAUGUGACAUUCAUCUGAGCACAAAUGAAACUGUCUGCGAAUUCAAAGACGAGAGGAACCAGGAAUUGUUUUUCUGUUUCAAACCUAAAACACUGCCGUGUGAGACCCUGCAUUGCACAACAUCGAGGAACAGUGACGCGUCCUGUCUAACUGAUGCUGAGAAACAGCUCCUGAAGAGGUCUGCAGUCGGUGUGAAAAUCCCAAACGAUUUCAAAGACAUGACCGUGGGAGAUUGUAAAGGUCGUGUUCCACAAGCUGCUGGGAAGUGUGAGCUGGGAAUGAGCUCUCCUACCCCCAGUGGAUUUUUCCAUUCAGGCAGGUGGAGUUCAUCCUAUUGCAGAAUGAGAAGCUUCCAAAAUGUGAGCGACAUGAACCAGUGCCUUCAGGGGAAACAGGUUUACCUGCGGGGGGACUCUACAAUGCGCCAGUGGAUUGAAUAUUUCGGAUCAACAUUAAAAAAUCUGAAAUGCUCUCAUAGUUCUGAGCAACAUGCAUCCAGAACUGCUUCAGACAAGAAGAGAAACAUAACGAUGAGCUGGAAAAAUCAUGGCUUUCCUUGGGUGUCUGUUAACUCGUUCUUCAUUACAAAAGGGAUGUACAUAUUUCAAGAACUGGACAGACUCGCUGGUGGGGAGAACACUGUUGUAGCUAUCUCUGUUGGUCAGCACCUUCGUGCUUUCCCUUUGAAGCUCUAUGUUACAAGAAUGGUGAUCAUCAAGCAGGCUGUCACAAGACUUCUUCAGAGGAGCCCUUUAACCAGGGUGUUUGUUAAAUCAGAGAACACCAGAGAACUCAAAUCUGAGAUGGUGCGGAUGAGUGACUGGCACGGUUAUAUCCAGAACCUGGCUCUGAAGGAGGUGUUUCGGGGGGUGAAAGUGGGGUUCAUUGACGCUUGGGACAUGACUGUUGCUGCAAACACAUUCUCCAUUCACCCUCCAAACAAUAUUGUUAAGAAUCAAGUCACUUUGUUUUUGUCAUACCUAUGUGAUGAUUCAUAAUAUGGCUUGUAGUAUUGACAUAUGUAGGUUGACAGGUAAAUGUAGUGCUGGAUGCUACAGUUGUUCAGUUUUGUCAGAAGACAUUGAUGAGCUGCAACGAGACUUUUUGGAAAAUGCUUGGUGCUGAUAGGCUGAAACAAUAUGCACCCACCCUCACAUGGUCCAGGCUAUUCCACUGCCGACCGUGGAUGGGAGUUCCCAAGGGGCG